AUGCCGCGCGGCAUGGCACCCAAAACCUCUGGAAAGCAAGGCGAGCCGGCAACCAAGCGCGUCAAGACGUCGAAAGCGGCCACCAAACCUGCCGUCAAGACGCGUCUCAAGCAAGGCCGUCUGAGUGCUCUACCUACACUUCCACUUGAUGUGCUAUAUGAGGUCUUCGCGCAUCUCGGACCGGGCGACUUGAUCUCCCUCGCACGCACGGGCAAGAACUUCCGCAGCAUGCUUCUCUCGCGUCAAUCAACAUUCUUGUGGCGCGAAGUGCUUGCAGCGUCCGUAGAAGAGGGCUAUCCGCCGCGGCCAGAGGACAUGACAGAGCCGGGGUGGGCAGGCUUCUUCUUCGGUGGCUCAUAUUGCAGUCUAUGUGCUGCCAAGACCACCCUGGAGGUUUGCUGGGCACAACGUAGACGGUUGUGCAAGGCAUGCGCUGAAGAAAAACUUCUGCCAGUCGUCAAACUAGCCGACUGGGAGCUUAUGAGCCAAGAGACCUCUUGGUCCGACAUUAUCUCCGCCGAUAACAGACGGCCACUUGACAAGGAAGGGCUCAACCAAUACGACCGCAAUUCCAAGAUACCACACGCAUACAUCGGAGACAUCGAAGACUACGAGACGAAGCUCGAAGAGCUUUACGCAGAAUGUGAGGGCGACAACGAGCGAUGGGAACUACGUCGCGCAGAGUUCGACGCGGAGCGGAAAGAGGCGGUACAGGCUCGCAAAGCACAUGCACGCCUUUGCAUUAAAUGGGAAGGGACACGUGCCAGUCAACGUAGCCGCGAAUUGGGUGAUACGAGGCGUGAUAGAGGCAAAGAGAUAGUCAAACGCCUCUUAGCAUUAGGAUACGACCGACGAGACGUUGUCAAUUACAGCAUACGCGAGCACAAAGACUACAAGGAUGCUAGACCAUUGACCGAUAAGAUCUGGACACGCAUACAGCCAGGUCUUGUUGCAACAGUUGAGAAACAUCGUGCGAAUCGACUAUUUAUGGCGAAAAAUGAGCGGCACCACAAGAGGCAAGAGGCAAUUCGGAUCGAGUACGUCGAUCAUGUCCUACGUCGCGUUGAUCACAGUGUCGUGCCCUUCUUGCCGCCUCUGGAGAAGAUCUACAAACUCUUCCCCGAGGCCGAGGCCGUCAUCGAACCGGAUGGCGAGGUCACCGAUGACUUGCGCGCCUUGAUUCGCCAAGCCCUUCCUUCAGGUCUCCCAGCCUUGCAGCGAUUCAUCGACGAACGCGGUAGCAGCCUUCGCGCAAAGAUACCCCCCGAGUGGCUGCCGUCAAAGGAGCCUAGAUCCGCGCCAGUGGAUCCUAUCACGACUCCCGAGCAGCUCAGCAUAAGUCGAAUCACAGAUCUUGACCGCGCCGUGUAUGUGACUCGCUGUGCAAACGAGCUUAGUUAUGGAUUGCGCCGCAAGAAGCAUCUACCCAUCCAUUUCGGCCUCGAUGCGCUAGCCCAUUUUUGCGAUCGAAGCUACGAAAUCUCUGAAGACGCAUUAACAUCUCCGCGGGUAAAUGGCUUUGCGUUCGAUCAAACAUGUCACGAUACGGUUGCCCACAUCUGUGCGCUCUUGGGACUUGAUGCCGCAAUCGCGACACCUCUGGAUCUCAACAAAUUGGACCGAGCCUUCGUGUGCAUAAACUGCCCCCGCGACACCCGAGGGGCCGUUUUCAUGACAUGGCAUGACGCAGUCGCUCAUGCUGAUCCCCACCGCCGUCAAGCGCAUACAUCGAAGCGGCCGACGUUCCGUCUGGCAUCCGACAUAGAGAAACGCUACCUCAAGGCACAUCUGAUGCGGUCUGGGCGAGGUUCCCUCUGCGACGGAGUCUGGGGUUGCACGUACUGUUCGGAUCAUCUGAAGUUAUGCAAUCCUGGCGCCAGUUGGGCCUUUGGUUCGCGGGAUCAGUUUAUGUCGAUUGACGACGCCAGAAAGCAUCUACAAGAGAAACAUAAUAAAUCUACGGCCGUUGAGGGUGAAGAUAUAUACUUCAAGAGAAGUGAGACGAACAGUUACCGUUUUGUGCACGCCUUGUACGAAGAGAAACGAGAGCGGAAACGCCAACUUCGUACGACAGACGAUGUCGUGCUUCCAACCGUGGACUCGGAGGGGGCGCUUUUGGCCCUGACGGUGGCGAAGGAAACGCUGAACGAGCAGCAGUCUGCUGCUGCUGCUGCUAAUCCUCAUUUGAUGGACUGGGACUCCGAUGGUGGUUCAGACUAG